AUGGAGUCUCCGUUUGCGCACGGUGGCCUCGAUGGUUCCUCUCAGCCUGCCUGGAUGAGGGCCUGGCUGGGAAUAGGACAGGGGGCGGUCUCAGCGUUUCCGCUUGCUCCAGCCGAUGCACCGUGUAAGUAAGGAACUGUGUUACGUACUGACGGUUGGUCCCAUUGAGCUUCGUGUAGUGCUCCGCUGUUAGGCUCCAUGAGGCGCACCCAUACAGGAGAGUCUCCACCACUUCAACCUGGAGUAGCCGGAUCUUGAGCUGGCGGUUGGCCCGUCGCCUGUCGUACAUCGAAGCACCGUUCCGGCGGUAGCACUUCCACGCUCGGCAGCGGCGGCUCGUGAUCUCCCGGUCGGCCUUCCCGUCCGCGGAGAUGGUACAUCCGAGUAAACCAUAAUCGACUUCGUAAGUCGCGAGGGAAGGGAUUGCUGUACCCUUCUCGCG